UGCAGUUGCAGACGCCAGUCGCUGUGCAUUGUGUGUGUGUCGGUGGCUGCAGGCGAGGCAUGUUUCUCCGGCCCAGCAUCUGAGGCAGUGGGACAAGUAGUCCGGUUAGUGAGCUGGACUUGUGUCUAAUUUGGGGGGAGGACAUUGCAUCUGGUCAGACAUCUCCCCCUCCCUCCUGACUCGGUGCUGCAGGCAGUGUGCGAUCAUCUCGCUAUGUCGGAUGACGAUUCCAGGGCCAGCAACAGCAGCUCCUCUUCCUCGAGUUCUUCCGGCCAGCAGCAACAGCAGCAGCACAUAGAAAGGCAGGAGCCGGCCAAUAACAACGGUAACAACAACAAGAAGAAGGAGAACAAGGGCAGCAGUAUGAGCAAGAACUCCAAGCUGCUCUCCACCAGCGCUAAAAGGAUUCAAAAAGAGCUGGCAGAUAUUACCUUGGACCCUCCACCAAACUGCAGUGCUGGUCCAAAGGGAGACAACAUUUAUGAAUGGAGAUCUACUAUCCUUGGUCCACCAGGAUCAGUAUAUGAGGGUGGUGUUUUCUUCUUGGAUAUCACAUUCACACCUGAAUACCCAUUUAAGCCACCAAAAGUGACAUUUCGGACGAGAAUUUACCACUGUAACAUAAACAGCCAGGGAGUGAUCUGUCUCGACAUCCUGAAAGAUAACUGGAGCCCAGCACUCACAAUUUCCAAAGUCCUCCUGUCUAUCUGCUCUUUGCUCACAGACUGCAACCCUGCGGACCCUCUUGUUGGAAGUAUCGCCACUCAGUACACGACCAACAGAGCGGAACAUGACAAAAUGGCCAGACAGUGGACCAAGAGAUACGCAACAUAGACCCCAGCCUUCCCUCAAACACGGCUGUUUGUCUGACAGAGAGAGCUGCUUGUUCAUUUGAAGGGGAAAUGGAGGGUGGGAGCUGGUAAAGAAUUUCUAUAACAGAUUUUAUUCAGCCUUUUAUUUCCAGAGUUUUGUUAUUGUAAUUUAAGGUAUCUUUCUGCAGCAGCUGCUUAGACUGAGCAGGGACAUCUUUGUAAUUCAAGAACUAUUUGUCUUCUAAUGAAGUAAUAAGAAGGCAGAUGUUUGGAAGAGAUGGGCAAACAAGAAAUGUACCUUGUGCAGUGAGUGACACUGCAUAUAAAUGUAGGCAUUUGUGUAAAGUCCUUGUAAAGUAUUGAAUUGAAUGGAGUUUAUUUUGAACCUUAUUUGUGUGUAUGUAAAAGAGGGCUAUAGACUGAGACCAGCAUAACCCUGUCUCUACCAAAGAGCUCUGCAGUGGGGAUUGUGAAUGUCAUUCCCUGGCAUAGGAUAUGAAUGUCUGGUUUGUCUUGUGUAUUAAGAAUCCCUAAAUACACUUUAUAUAUAUAUUUUAUCCUUUUGUAUGUGUGUGUAUUAAUCUGAAGCGUUAAGUUAACAGGACCUGUUAGGAUAUACAUUAAGCUGUUUAACUGUAAAGGUGGUUAAUAAUUACUCUGUGGAUUUCUUAUAUGUUUCAGACUUCCGUCUGCAUUUGUUACUGUGCUAAUAAAAGUGAAAAAAAUACAAAGAU